AUGGCAAAAUCCUCUUGCCGGCAGCUUUUGCUCGCGCAUGUAACGCUGAGUCCGGAUCAGAUUGGCACUCAUCUUGGCAUGUCAAUGGCCAUUAUUGGUCUUGCUGGUCUGACUGGAACCCCAAUAUGCGGUGCUUUGCUCGAAAGAUAUGGAACAUACACACAGUCCGCAGUUUUCAGCGGUGUGGUGAUGUUGUUCGGAGUCGUUCUUGUCACCGUGGCGAGGUUUUAUCUGCGGACAAAGCUUCUGGAAAUUGUGUGA